CGUGAAAAACAUAAUCUGGCAUGUAUGGAAAAUAGAGCAGGAGAGAUGACGUGUACGUAAGGGUCCUUCGGUCUUCCGGGUGUGCGUAAACAGACGGCUAACGGAGUUACCGCUGUAAAAAUGUCUAAAGUAACGUUUAAAAUCACCCUGACGUCGGACCCCCGGCUGCCGUACAAAGUACUAAGUGUCCCAGACAGCACGCCGUUCACAGCAGUUUUAAAGUUUGCAGCUGAGGAGUUCAAAGUGCCAUCAGCAACCAGUGCAAUUAUAACAAAUGACGGAAUAGGAAUCAACCCUGCGCAGACAGCAGGGAACGUGUUUCUAAAACACGGCUCCGAGCUUCGUAUCAUUCCCAGAGACAGAGUGGGAGGACAAGGAGACUGAUGCGGCUUUUCCUCGUUGACGGCAUAAUGACUCACCCAGCAGAAGCACCGAACACUUGAGACCCAGGAAACACCUCGCUGCGUGUCAUAUUUAUUUUCUGGCCCACAUCUGACAGUGACUCACAUGAGAAUAUAUAUAUUUAAACUGGAUGAUGACUUGUGCAUGCUCAGUGCUUCUUCAUUCUCAGUCAGAGUGUUGUUUUCUUCUGUAAAUGUAGUCGCAUCACACGAUUGGAGUGACAUGAAGAUUACCCAGAGGUAGUGAGUAAUUAAUAUACACAAACACAGCAGUUGCAUCAUGGGAAAUGAUUCAUUUAAGAUAACAAACACCUGAGUCAACAAGUAUAGCUUUUGUAUCUUUUUAAUGACAAUAAACUAUCAGUAUGACUAACAACAACAUGCCUAUUUUGCAAUGUUUGCUUUUGUCUUUAUUAGCAUUGUGGAUAUGUCAAAGUGAGAGGUGAGCCUUUUUUUUUUAUAAAAAGUAAAUGUCCAACAAGCUGUCAAGGAUCAUUGUUGUUUGAUUAAGUGGCUGUGGAUAUGCAGGCAAACAUAUCCUCACCUGAACUUGCAUAAUGGAUAUGUACUGAAGUUGCGUGGACCAGCUCUUUCCAUAACUAUAAAAACAUGUUUAUAGAUUAUAAUAUUUCAGCUAAUGUAAGGGAAUGUGAUUGUUCAUCUGUUCACAUGGAUCUUUGCUGCCCUCUGUCAGGUCCCAUUUUAACAUCAGUUUGUACUCGCCUCGCGUCUGUACAUCGACCCAUGCAUUACAGUAUGCCCCAUCUCCACACAAUAAAUGUAGAAGAAUCACAUUGAGUCAUCAACUUUUUAAUAUUCACCACUAUCUUAAUAAGCAGCAGAGGAGCAGGUGGUGAGAAAACAUGGCAGCCAUUCAAAAAGCUUAGGCUGAGAUGCAGAUGUCCCAGAAUGUGUCACAAUCGAGGCAACCAAAAAAUAAAUAAAUAUGGUUUUGAACUGGGAAAUAAAUGUUUGAUUGCA